UCAAAAGACGAGCCUUGCGAAUCCAUGGAUUAAAAAACCAAAAGGGGACUUAACUUCACACAACUCUGAAAAGUUUUCCCAGAGAUAGCAGCUGCUGCUGUGGUGAUUUUCGUCCCGUUCAUGAGCUGCUAAAAAUAAAAGUCCCUGAGAGCUGAGCUGAGGGCGCACGGUCUGCGGCACAAUCCCAACAAGGACGCAAAGGAAAGCCUUCACACAGAAAGAUAGAGAGAGGUAACGGAGAGUGAGAGAGACUGAGAUAGAGAUCCUAUCUCACUCUCCCAGUUGAGGUCCUCGGAAGAUCGUGCGCAUCGUCUCGAAACUGCAGGACAAUGUCUAAAGCAACUUUAGCACUGCUCAUCUAUGGAAUCAUAAUGCAUCACAGCAUCAAUUGCUCACCCGUAGGAAUAAGCUUUCCAAGUAUAAGACUUGAAAGAGAGGUUUAUGAUGAGGGCGGCAACUCCUUACCAUCCCUGGAUUAUGAUGGAGAUCAGUUGGAGGUGAGAAGCCCCUCUUCUGUCGCAGAUGACGUCUUCGCCAUGUUCUACCCAUCAGAAAAAAGAAUGGAAAGGCAUGCAGACGGCAUGUUUAAUAAAGCCUACAGAGAAGCGCUGGGUCAGUUAUCAGCCAGGAAAUACCUUCAUUCUCUGAUGGCAAAACGUGUAGGUGGGGGAAAAACACUGGAUGACAGCUCAGAACCCCUCUCUAAGCGACACUCAGACGGGAUCUUCACAGACAGCUACAGCCGCUACAGGAAGCAAAUGGCUGUCAAGAAAUACCUGGCGGCAGUCCUGGGGAAAAGCCUUGAAGACAUAGGUUUUCACCAUGUCCUACAAGUGAUAGACUUUGAUGCCCUCCCGGACGGGGAUGAGCUUGACGCUUUUUUGGGAAACUGGCUGAAACAGUUUUCUCCCGAAUUUGCGGUGAGUUUCCGGCUCUUCCCGAGGAUGGGACUUCUCAAGUCUCUCCUUUUUUAUUUCUUUGUUCUUUUCUUUCUUCUCACUUUGUGAAGUUGUUUUAGUUUCUUGAAUCCAGCUUUUCUUUAACCUCAUCUGUGCUCCUCUCCUAAAUUAUAAACUAACUUCUAUGACAGUCAAGAAGAAAAGCUGUUAAAGAUGACUGAGCCAAAGAGAUCUGUAAAUCUGUCUUAAAGUAUAAGCUUGAAGGUUAGAUUGUUUUAAGUAGGGUUGUAAGUGGGGUUAUUAUCCAUCAUAGUUCACUUAUCUAUUACCAAAAGACACUGUAUCGCAUUGAGUUUGUUGAGAAGUGAAUAAAUCCUUUGAGCAGUUAAAGGGUUUGGCCGCUCAAAUUACGUUUUGUUUAUUUAAAGCAGAAGGUUCUGCAUUUGCUCCUCUGUUCCAUAUGCAGGUAUUUUUCAGUUGGACAAAAACAAUUAUUUUGAAAGAUAUAAUCUCUUUAAAAAAAGUAAUUUAGGGUUUUUUUUAAGCCUGACAUUUGAAUUUAGCAGGACCUAUGAUAUUAUAGACCAAUUUAAACAUAUCCACUUUUUACUUGGGAACCAAAAAAUGUGAAGGAUCUAUUUUAUGUUAUCCUGACUUUGUUUUUAUUAAAGUUCAAAUGCUUGCAGAUGCUCGGAAAAUAAAUGGAAAGGGUGAUGAGUGUUCAUGAAAACACUAGCAACAGUUGCUUGGGAAAAUCUGUAGCCUAGACCAGCUUUAGUCAUUGUUAGGAUAGUCUCCCUUGGAAAUCAAAUCUGGUGUUAACAGUUGCUAAGUAAGGCAUGUAGCUGCUGACAUAUCCAUAAGUUGGUAAAAUACAUCAAUGCUGAAUUUGCAUAAUUGGCAGGAUGCACGUAACUGUAAUAGAUGGUGUAUGGAAAGCCAGCAACCGAAUUAGAUUAACAAGAAAAACAAUUCUCCCUAGGAUUCUCUGAUUUCUGAAUACUUCAAUUGCAUCUCUUCUCUGUUAUCUGACACACACCCAGAAUUAUUUGGCUUAAUCUCUUUAAGGAUUGGGCUGCUUUGUGAGAUUUGAGCUUAAUGGCUGGCAGCAACUAUUGCUCACUGAAAAGAAUAGGAAAAGUAUAAUUCAUAUAGCUUUGACACCACAACAAACCAAAAUAAGAUUUCUUUUCAGUUACAUUUAAAAAAGACUAAGUUGUUAGGUAGGCAACACUUGUCAUGUUAUAUAACACUCUCUGGAACAUUAUAGGCUUUGCUAAAUUGCUCAUUUAAAUCACAGAGACAGUGUAGAUGUAAAUGUGAUCAGGAGCUGACAAAAAGAAACUCAAAAUAUAGUGGUAAAAAUGAAAGAGACCAAGACAGAACCUAAAGUGAGAGAUGGCCAAAACUUUAAACCCUACAAAACUAAUAAAGCAUUCCAGGUAAUGUAAACAAUUCUCACAUUUGAGACUAAAAAAGUUCCGGAGUCUUUGGACUAAUUAGAUUGUUCCCUAAAAGUGUAUUUUGUCAGCAUAAUAUGUUCCUCAAAGAAAUUGUCAUGUUACAACAUUUUUUACUAAUUUGAUUAUCUAAACAGAAUUCCCAACACUAAAGCAGGGCUAACCAGGUUUUGUUUAUUUCUAAAAAAAAAAUGGUAUCUAAACCAGAUGUAUUUUUAUCAUCUAUUUCUAAUCAACUCCUGCGACUUGGCUUGUAUAGCCAUAAAAACAUUUAAAUCUACAAAAAGUGUAAUACAUAAGCAUCUUGUUCUGCUCCUUGAACUCUGCUGAGAUGCUAGUCCUCUAAUGCCAAUCUAAACUUGUUUCAUCUAUACUUAAUAUGAGCCACUGAUUGGUCCUUUUAAAAGCUUUUUUUUCUUUGUGGUUUCCGCUUAAUAAUUUAAAGAGCAGUUCUUCAAGGUUAUAACCACUAAAAAACAAGUGCUUCAUUUUCAACAUUGUAAUUUGAAUUGACUAGUGGUUUAGCUGCAUGCUGCCUUGUGUCCAGCCCACUCCUUCAUGGCUGCAGCUGAGUCUGCCGUAAAAGAAUUAGAUGGAGUGAAUCUAGACUAACUUGCAUUAUCCUUUGUGUGUUCUCUUUACAUUCUGAGGCUGACUUUUCCAAAAUUUUUGACAGAAAUAUAACAGAAAUGUCCCCUAAUUUCAGAAUUAUUUAGCCUCCUUAUCACUACCACUCAUGAAAAAGUAAAAUGUUGCAAAAAUUGCCUGCAGAAAAUAAUAUACAGUGCUCUUGUGAGCUGUGUAUUUGGGUCUUACAGCUUUGCAUUGCUUACUUCAUUUACCGUACAAAUGAAAAAAAAUAGGAAAUUUCCACUGUUACCUUGAGCUUGGGUGUGAUAUAAUUCCUAGCUCUCAGCUCCAACUUCAGACGCAAAUAGAACAAUAUAUAUUUUUCAGCUCUGAAAAUGUCGACAAUUCCCUUUAGUCAAAAUAAGCAUAACAGAAGCUAUAUUGAGAUGGCAAAUAACUUCAACAUGUAAACAUUAUGCUGAAUAAACAAUGGAUUUAUGAUAAGAGUUUCAAAAAUUAAUACACAAAUUUAUAGUAUUAGGGGUUAUUUUAAUCUAUGAUGUGUUUAAAUAUGGUCGUCAUAAUAUUUAUAAAAUUUAUUUGAAAACGCUGCUCAAACUGAACACAUUGUAAUCAUUUUACAAAUCACAAUGAAUCAUGAUAAACAGAAACAACAGAGAACAACAACCUGCACUUACAAUGUGUAGAUCUUCUGCAACAGAUGUGUUUUGAGUUUCAACUUGAGGCGAGAGUGUUAGUAUUGAACAUUUCUUGAGGAGGAGGGUUUUAGAGCUUGGGAGCAUAGCUGGAAAAAGCAUUCCUCCCCAUGGUGCUGAAACGAUAUGGACGAACAGUAGGGUGAAUGGAAGAGGAGGAUCUAAGGAUGCAGGCGGGAGUAGCGAUGUGAAUGAGAUCAGAGGGGUAGGGGGGACUGAGUGGAUAGCCUUGAAUGUGUACAGAAGGAUUUUGAAAUCUAUUCUGAAUCUAACUGGUAGCCAGUGGAGCUACUGAUUGUGUGCAGCUUAAUUCUGUGCCACUCGAAGCUUACAGAGUGAUUUUGGAGGAAGAUGAAAGAGAAGAGAGUAGUCAAUGCAAAAGGUGACAAGGCUAGGAUGGAUAAAUACUAAUGCAAAGUACAAGAAAAUGGAGCGAUGAUGUUCAAUAUUUGGUAAAUGAAAAUAUGCAGACCGGGUGCUGCUAUUGAUGUGAGAGGUGAAGGAUAGAGUGCUAUGGAGAAUGGAAUCUAGACACUUGACUUAAGGUGAAGAGGAGACCAUGGACUCAACAACUGGGAGAGAGAAAGGGUCAAAAAUAUGGAACAUAUAGAUUUGUGCUCUAUCUUUACUGAUGGAAAAUUACAAACUGAACUCUUGAUACUGAGAACACUGAGAGCUUCUUUAGAUUUCACAGAAAAAGCAUUGUGUCAUUGUCCUAAAAGAAUAAAAUACUGUAACUUCUACUUUGUGGAUCCAGAUACAUAUCCACUAUUUACACAGACAGCCCAUCAAAACUGACACAAACAUGAAAAGACCUGAUGGUUCACAAAAUCUGCUUAAUUUUCCUCCUCCUUAUGAAUUGGUGUUACAUACAUGUAAGAUACUGUAUCAUGUAAAUCAUGUAAAAGCUAUGAGCAGAGUAUGUGCCUUACAGAUAAUGGACAGUAUAAAAGUAAGAAAAAGUUUAAACAAUGAAUAUCUAUAACUAUAACUGCCUAUAAACAAGCAAACAUAAACAUAAUCUACUUGAAUAGUUGCAGAUGCUGAUUUCUUGUUAAAAUAAUUGUAAAGAAAGACCUAAGCUACAGUGAGAAGCUAAAUGAGAGAUCAAAAUAGUAACAGUAGGGAAGGCAGCAGAGUAGGACAAAGUAGCUGCUCUUUGGAUUCCCUCAGUUUUCCAUAAAUUCAAUGUGAUGUAAACUAAUUAGAACUUAAGACAUGCUCACUGAAUUAUGUUCAUACUAUCUUUUUGCAUUUGGACAUUGCAAAAUAUGAGAUUUGACAGGAGGAGCAGAGUACUUUUGAGGUUUUCCUCACCUAUUUUCCCCACUUCAACGGUGUUCAUAGAGAGAACCUCUACUUCUGACUCAUGUUAAGUGCCAAUGUUGUGUAUCUAUCAACUUCAAGGUAAUGUGUUUGGAGAUUUUCUCCUAUCUUUCUUUCCAUUUAAUAAGUAUCAAUGGCAUUUCAAAAGCAAACAAGAAGCAGAAAAAACAAAACAAAACAAAAAAAAUACAAAGAAAUGAUACUUGUUACAUGGUUUUCUCCAUCUGUGUGUUCUGUGUAAGGGACAUACAAGGUGGUUUGAACUCUAAUCUAUUGUGCUUCCCUAUUUUCUGUCAUGUGAACCGCUGUACAAACUUCAAGCAGACUGCAUGAUUAAAGUAAUUGCACCAGCUCAUUGCAUCUGUGCAGACAACUAGAUGGUUUUGCUUGCUUUCUGACUUCUACAUACAUACAUAUCUACUACUGCUGGAUGAUUUUUGUUCUUUUCACCUCACUCACACUGCUACACAAGUUGUGUGUUAACCCUUGUCAUGAAUGUACUUUGCUCCUGGUAAUAAUAUCUCAAUUUGAUGCAAUCUAUUAACGUUUAUUAUGGUUACUUUUUAAUGUUAAUUUUAAAGAAGAGGUUGUAUCUCAUAAUUUCUGGUUGCACAGAGGAAAAAAAAAGCUGUCCUGAUAAAUCACAAUUCGAGGAAGAAAAGCACAUAAACUAAGAUAAGCAGACAAUAAAUUUGUUUUUUAAGCAAAGCUAACCAAAUCAUUACUUGCUUACAGGUGCAUAUCAGUAAGUUACAAUAUCACAGAGACCACUUUAUUCAAGAUAAAAUGUAUAUUUCACAUAGUAGGAAAAAAGAAAACUUCCCCAUGAGGGUUGCUCAGAGGAUAUGCCACUAAAGCUCAUUGCUCAAAAAUGCCUGUCAUUUGGAAAGUGCUGUAAUCAAUAUGCAAUGACAGUUGAGUGGAAGUAAAAGUGUAUUCAAAAUUGGUGCACACACAACUGGGGUAAUGUAGCACAGAGCUAUAUAUAUAUAUAUAAAUAAUUUCCAAGGUUUUUUGACUGACAAGCUUUGAGCUUGUCUUUAAUGCUGGAUCUGCUGUGUCUUGUGUUCCUCUUGACUUAUACUAGAUUCAGAUUUGGGUUUAGGUCAGGCCAGUGAUAUUGUGGUAAUCAAACUAUGAAACCAUCAACAGUCUUUUUUUCUUUCUAAUCCCAAUUCAGGAGUGGCUUAACAAAAAGAACGUGAGACUUGCAGCCUACAUUCUAAAUAUAUAUCUAUUGUAUUUGGUGGCUCAGUAAGCUUUGAUUUAAGCUGCAGUUAAGGCAAUUUGAUUCUCAACAUUUUAAGUGCAUUAAUCAUCUCAUGUUCACAGGGUUUCAGUAGCCUUUGGAACUUUUUCUGAUAUACCUUUAUCUUCCACUCAACUUUUUCCUAAUUAUGCUCCCUUACAACACUAUGAGAGCAGCGGCAUUAUUCACAUUGUCUUUAAAAGACACCCUUUUUGUGUUAAAAAUCUUCAAAUGUAUUUUUUUAUUUCAUGUGCAGUUAGAUAUCGCUAAUCUAGAUUAAAAUACAAAAAAAAAAAAAAACUGCUUAAGAUAUAUAAAACUAUCUCUAAAUUGAAUCCCUAACACUGACAAACUCUUUGAUGGUAUUCUAAUUCAUGGAGAUGCACCUGCUUAGGACCAUUAAGAGAACAGGGUUAAAGUUUUGCUGUCCCUAUGUUUUUGUAUCAAUCUUUCUUUGCUUCUGCAUUUCCCUCCAGGCUUUGUGACGCAGGGGAGCAGUUUGCAGCUGUGGUGCCUUGCAUCGACUCUAAAAAAAAAAAAAAAAACACACAAAAAAAAAAAAUAUAAAAAAUGAAUUGCCAUGAAUCACGAAUGGCUAUUUAGUGGCCCUACAAUGCUGCACAUCUUUGGCUCACGCUUCAUUGUCAUUUUUCGUUGUUGUCCUCCUUGUGUUCCAGGUGUUUGAUAUGAUCUUUAGCAGCUUAGGCGUCCAGGUGUUCUGCUUGCACUGCUUUUUGUUCUGCAUUCUGUUUUAGAAAUCUAGGUUUUUGUGAAAAAAGCGGGGGAAGGAGAAGAUGACAGCUCCUCCAAGAAAAAUGACAUAUAUGAUAAUGAAAGCGCCAAUAGCCUUACCAAUUGAGUUAAUCUUCAGAGAUAUAUACAUAUAUAUAGAUAUAUAUAUUUACUGUGUGGAAAGUGAAUCGUAGAUUACUUUAAGAGUCAAGUCAAUAAAUGUUUCAAA